UCGGGGCAGCAUCCGCCUCGUCCUAAAUGUCUGGUGAACAAUUAGUGCUCGUACCGAGGCCGGCCGAACCGCAACCAUGUUGCUGCUCAUCUUGUUAGCUUUGAGUGCGCUUGGGGCCCAGGGAAACGAUUACAAGUCGUUCUUCGAGGGCGCGGCAUGGGGAGAUGUGUUCGCCGCCGGCGGGAUGCACAUCGGCCACGGCCGCCACAAGCGCUUCGUGGAGCUGAGUGACAACCAGAAAAAUGUGCCAUACCAAGCAUGCACGUUGCCGGGCGGCAAAGGCGGCCACUGCCGGCAUCUGCACCACUGCGUGAUGGAGGAGUUCAAACGGGACUUCACCCUCUUCAUGGAUUACCUGUGCAUUAUCAAAAGGACGUCCAUCGGUGUAUGCUGCCCGGACUCCCUGAGCCAGGACCAGGUGGAAGGCUUGGCCGGCGACCUGCCCGCAUCAGCCCCGCUGGAGGAGGGCAAUGAAGCUAUACUUAAGAUCACGAAGGCGGAAAAUCGAGGAUGUGGUCUCAGCACCCGAUCCGCAGGACGCAUGGUGGGCGCACGGCCGGCCAACCCCCGCGAGUGGCCGUGGAUGGCCUCCAUCACCCCCGAGGGCUUCGAACAGUACUGCGGGGGAGUGCUCAUUACCGACCGUCAUGUGCUGACAGCUGCACACUGCACAAGAAGAUGGAAAGCCAACGAACUAUUCGUGCGCCUCGGCGAAUACGAUUUCGAGCGCAACAACGACUCACGUUCCUACAACUUCCGCGUGGUGGAGAUCCGGCAGCACGAAGACUUCGACCACACGAACUACCACAACGACAUCGCCAUUCUGAAGCUGCACCGGCCGGCCGUGUUCAACACUUAUGUGUGGCCGAUCUGUCUGCCACCGGUUGGAUUGUCGGCGAUCAAUCAAAGCGCUAUUAUUAUUGGUUGGGGAACUCAGUCGUACGGCGGGCCGCACAGCAACGUCCUGAUGGAGGUGUCGGUACCGAUCUGGGAGCACACGCGCUGUGUGCAGUCUUUCACCGACUCUAUCUUCGAGGAGAACAUCUGCGCGGGCGGCUACGAUGGCGGGAAGGACGCUUGCCAGGGUGACAGCGGCGGGCCGCUCAUGUACCAGCUAUCCAGCGGGCGUUGGGCGGUGAUCGGCGUGGUAUCGUGGGGCGUCCGCUGCGGCGAGCCCAACCACCCCGGCGUGUACGCGCGCGUCGACAAGUACUUGCGCUGGAUCGUCGACAACGCUAGAUUUUAGCUCUAC